GCAGCAAACAAGUCAGUGCGACUAAGAGUCUAAAACCCCUCUUUCACUGCGAAUUCGAUGCAAUUGAAUUUGGGGACGACGUCAUAGGCAUACAGUUACUCCAAUUGAUUUGUUAAUGUUCAGAGCUCCGACAGCUAGUGGUGGUGGUGGGGUACCUUUAACAACCAUCACCACUCAAUCACCAAAUCCGGCAGACAUGGGGGAUCAGAGCCACCACCGAGCUGCUGCCGCCAGGGCUUUUCAGUUCCAUCCGGCCCGACCAGCUAUAAUCGACCUGUUUAAUCUAUACCUCGGUCGAAGUGCCCGCGAAAAGUCAGACGAUUUAGUCCGAGAACCUCCGAACAAGACGCAGAAGCGAGUUACUGCUCUUAACAGAGACCUUCCUCCGCGCAAUGAACAAUUUCUUGUAGAUUUUGAGCAGCUUCUUAAUCAAUUUCCUGACCGGGAACAAUUACGAACUGUGUCAGAAUCUGUGCUUAUCUCACUGGUUAUCCAGUGUAGUGGUCAUGCACCAAGGGCAGAAUUUAUUCUUUUUGCUUUGCGUAAUUUGUACAACAUCGGUUACAUACACUGGGACACCUUUCUACCAUCUCUUCUGUCUUCGGUUUCAUCUGCAGAGAUGUCAGUUGGUAUCUCCUCUACUGCUUCACCACAGCCUGCUGUCUCUUCUACAUCUUUAUCACAAACUGGAAUGUUACCAUCAUCUACCACAAUUCCCAGUUCUUCCAAUUUUCAGGCUUUAAGUCCAGCAUCUCCUUUGAUUUCAGUUCAUGGAAUUGGAUCCCCAUCUCAAUCAGCAAAUGAACCAUCAUCUACAGCUUUAUCACCUGUAAAAUCAUCAGAUAUAAACACGGGCCAGCAUUCUGCGGCAAGAAGUAACACGUCAACAAGAGAUAACGCUAUAAGCAGUUUGCGCCAGUUGUGUUGCAAGAUUAUCUUUUCUGCCUUAGAAGUCAAUUUAAAACCAUGUACUCAUGCUGAUAUUUUCAACCACAUGAUGAAUUGGCUGGUUAACUGGGACCAGCAGCAACAGUGGAGCGAUGAGGUUGAUGGAAUAAAAUCAUGGAAACGGGAUAAGGCCUUAUUUGAAUGGCUACACAGUUGUUUAGAUGUGAUUUGGCUUUUGGUUGAUGAUAACAAAUGCCGUGUUCCCUUUUAUGAAUUAGUACGAAGUGGACUGCAGUUUUUACAAAAUAUAUCAGAUGAUGAGGCACUAUUCACACUUAUUUUGGAGAUUCACAGGAGAAGAGAUAUGAUGGCUAUGCACAUGCAAAUGUUAGAUCAACAUAUUCACUGCCCGACAUUUGGGAAUCAGCGGCUUCUAUCUCAGUCUACAACCAAUAUAUCAGGUGAAGCAGCCAUAAAUAUGAGAUAUUCACCUAUUACAUAUCCAAGUGUGCUUGGAGAACCGCUGCAUGGAGAGGAUGUUGCUUUAUGUAUUCAGAGAGGAAGUCUGGAUUGGGAGAGAGCUCUUCGCUGUAUCAGGCAUGCACUUCGUAGUACUCCAGCGCCUGACUGGUGGAGGCGUGUGCUUCUUGUGGCACCUUGUAACCGACAACACCCACAAGGACCUACUCCUGGUGCUGUCUUUACUUCAGACAUGAUCCGUGAGGCAAACAUUGAUAGGAUUGUUGAACUCUUGAGGUUGACAAAUUCAGAGAUAAAUUGCUGGCAGGAGUGGCUUAUCUAUUCAGAUGUAUUUUUUUUCCUUGUGAAAAGUGGUUGCAUAGAUUUUGUUGAUUUUGUGGACAAGUUAGUUUUACGCCUAGCCGAGGAUGAUCACCAGAUUCUUAGGACGAAUCAUGUCACAUGGUUGCUUGCACAGAUUAUUCGGGUUGAACUCGUAAUGCAUGCUUUAAAUGCAGACUCUAGAAAGGUGGAAACAACCAGGAAAAUUUUGUCGUUUCAUAAAGAAGAUCGAAGCUCUGAUCCUAAUAAUCCCCAAAGUAUCCUGCUUGAUUUCAUAAGCAGUUGUCAGAAUCUUCGCAUAUGGUCAUUGAACUCUUCGACCCGAGAAUAUUUGAAUAGUGAGCAGCUUCAGAAAGGAAAGCAAAUAGAUGAAUGGUGGAGGCAAGCAACUAAAGGGGAUCAUAUGAUGGACUACAUGAAUCUGGAUGAUAGGUCGAUUGGGAUGUUUUGGGUUGUGUCCUACACAAUGGCCCAGCCUGCUUCUGACACAGUAAUGGGUUGGUUAACAUCUGCGGGACAUGCAGAAGUACCAGGACCAAAUCUACAGUCGAAUGAGAGAAUGUCAAUGAUGCGAGAAGUUCACCCUGUGCCAAUAUCAUUGUUGUCAGGAUUUUCAAUUAACUUGUGUCUGAAGCUGGCUUUUCAAAUGGAAGAGGCUAUGUUCUCUGGUGAGCAUGUGCCUAACAUUGCGAUGGUCGAAACAUAUACUAGAUUGCUGCUCAUUCAACCUCAUUCGUUGUUCCGUUCGCAUUUAAGUCAUCUCCAUCAGAGGAACCCAUCUAUCUUAAAUAAGCCAUCUGCUACUCUUUUAGUGCUUGAAAUUCUCAACUAUCGUUUAUUUUCCCUAUACAGGUACCAAGGGAAAAGCAAGACAUUAAUGUAUGAUGUCACCAAAAUUCUCUCUACUCUAAAAGGCAAGCGCGGAGAUCAUCGUGUGUUUCGGUUGGCAGAAAACCUGUGCAUGAAUCUCAUUUUAUCAUUGAGAGAGUUCUUUUUUGUGAGGAAGGAAGGAAAGGGUCCCACUGAAUUCACAGAAACAUUGAAUCGCAUAACUGUAGUGAAUCUUGCUAUUAUCAUCAAGACUCGUGGAAUUGCUGAUGCUGAACACCUUCUCUAUCUUCAAACAAUGUUGGAACAAAUCUUGGCCACUAGCCAGCACACUUGGUCAGGAAAGACCCUCCGUUACUUUCCACCUGUUCUAUGUGAUGCCUUGAUUGGGAGGAUAGACAAGAGGGGCCUAGCAAUCCAAGCAUGGCAGCAGGCAGAAGAAACUGUUAUUAUUCAGUGUACACAGCUCCUCACACCAUCAGCUAAUCCUACUUACGUCAUGACCUAUAUUAAUACCAGUUUUCCUCAACACCGACAAUAUCUAUGUGCUGGAGCAUGGGUACUGAUGCAUGGACACCCUGAGAACAUUAAUAGCGCAAACCUGGGACGUGUUCUGAGAGAAUUUUCUCCUGAAGAAGUGACUGCAAAUAUAUAUGCUAUGGUCGAUGUCCUUCUUCAUAAUAUGCAGUUGGAGCUACAGCAUGGACAUCCCUUGCAGGAUCUUAUAUUGAAGGCUUGUGCAAAUCUAGCAUACUUCAUUUGGAACCAUGAGUUGCUUCCGUUGGACAUUUUGAUUUUGGCACUAAUUGACCGUGAUGAUGAUCCACACGCUUUGCGAAUUGUGGUUAAUUUGCUUGAACGACAAGAGCUUCAACAGAGAAUAAAGUUUUAUGUUGGUAACCAUGGCAAGCCUGAGCAUUGGCUUCAAACUGGAAUUUUCAAGCGUAUUGAGUUGCAAAAGGCUCUCGGCAAUCAUUUGUCAUGGAAGGAAAGGUAUCCAACAUUUUUCGAUGAUAUUGCAGCACGUUUACUGCCUGUUAUCCCUUUGGUCAUCUAUAGGCUUAUUGAAAACGAUGCUGCAGAAGCAGCUGAUAGAGUUCUUCAAUUUUAUUCAACAUUCCUUCAUUACUAUCCUUUAAAUGUUACAUUUGUUCGUGAUAUACUUGCGUAUUUCUACGGACAUCUUCCAGCAAAGCUCAUCUUCCGAAUACUGAAUGUGCUCGAUAUAAAAAAGAUGCCAUUUUCUGAGUCAUUUCCACAGCAUGUUAAUUCGUCAAAUGCCAUGUGCCCACCAUUGGAGUACUUUGCAUCUCUUUUAUCUAACCUCGUGAACAAUGUCAUCCCUCAAUGCAACUCGAAAGUGGAUGCUUCAAGCAACGGUCUGCGUACCAUCAUUAAUAGAAACCAGACACCUGGUCAGCCUGGGUCCACAAACGCCUUUGAAGGUCAAAAAGCAUUCUAUCAGAUACAAGAUCCUGGCACAUAUACUCAACUUAUUCUUGAAACCGCAAUUAUAGAAAUCCUCUCUCUCCCCGUAUCAGCAGCACAGAUCAUAACAGCACUUGUACAGAUUAUUGUUCACAUACAACCAACUCUUGCACAAUCUAACCAUGGUUUCCAUGGAUCUUCGACCAGUUCAGGCCAAGGUUCUACUUUGCCAACUUCCCCAUCAGGGGGAAGCACUGAUUCAUUAGGGAGAAACAGACAGACUUCUGUUUUGGGAUUAAACUCUUCUAACUUUGUUUCACGGAGCGGUUAUGCAAGCCAGCAACUGUCUUGCUUGAUGAUCCAAGCUUGUGGCCUCAUGUUGGCUCAGCUUCCUAUCGAAUUCCAUAAACAGCUUUAUGCAGAGGCGGCACGUGUGAUCAAAGAGAGUUGGUGGCUUACAGAUGGUAAGAGAUCUACUAGCGAGCUAGAUUCUGCUGUUGGUUAUGCUUUGUUGGAUCCAACAUGGGCUGCUCAAGAUAAUACCUCCACCGUCAUUGGAAAUGUGGUGGCUCUGCUUCAUUCAUUCUUCAGUAAUCUUCCACAGGAAUGGUUAGAUAAAACACAUCUCCUGGUAAACCAUCUACGUCCCAUAAAAUCAGUCGCAGUGCUGAGAAUAGCCUUUCGUAUCAUUGGUCCAUUGCUGCCAAGAUUAGCAAAUGCUCACAAUUUGUUCACCAAGACCCUAGAACUGCUUUUAAACAUGAUGGUGGACGUCUUUGGGAGGAACUCUCAGCCUUCAACUCCCGUCGAAGCAUCAGAAAUAACCGACCUUAUUGACUUCCUUCAUCAUAUCAUACAUUAUGAAGGUCAGGGAGGCCCUGUACAGCCAAAUUCGAAAGCAAGACCAGAUGUAUUGGCUUUAUGCGGAAGAGCCAUUGAAGAUUUGCGCACCGAUGUGCAGCAUCUUCUUUCUCACCUGAAAACUGAUGCAAAUGGUUCUAUUUAUGCUGCUACUCAUCCGAAGCUCUUUCAGAGUCCAUCUUGAUGAUUAUACCUUUGAGGUUAUUAGGGUUCUUGUUUCUAGGAUAGAUCUUAACAUUUCCAGUAUAAUGUACAGUUUUCGUUAUAAUUUGGCCAGAUUUCCUCCGUCAAAGUUCGAUCGAGUAGAAACAGAAAGAUCCUCAACUAUAAACCCAUAUUUUUAAUGUUUAGAGAAGUUCACACUGUUUUGUUGUUGUAAAAGUUUAAUAAACAAGCAAUGAAUAACAAAUGUAGAAUGAUAUUUUUGUAACAUUUUCUG